UUAGUCAUUCUUUCAUCCGAGAAAAAACCAUUUGAAUUUGAAAAAAAUACAACUGUCGAUCUCCCUUUGGAUUCAAUAACCAUUCACAACACAAUUGACCUGCAAUAUCCUAUUCGACAAAUCACUAUUUCAUCCUUAUCGACUUUAGAAUUCAAAAUUUUUGCAAUCAGAACAACUUCUACUAUUCAUUUAUUUACACUAGACAGUCAACAGGCUAUAAAACAAAUCCAUACAAUUCAUUUAGCCCAAAAGACAGAAAUCAAACCGAGUAUUGAUUAUUCAAUGCCAAUUCAUGUGGAAAUGAGUCCUUUUCGCGAAUAUCAAUAUGUGUUUAUUACCAACAAUGGAUACACUGCUAUUGUUGAUGGUUUGGAAGACAAAUUUCUUUACGAAGAUGUAGAUGACAUAUCAGACAAUUUAAGCUAUUGCUCUCGAUGGCGAUCGUGUGCUUUUGGUAGGUCGCCCUUUACCAUACUUGUUGCAUCUCCUGAAUGUAUCCAAGAAAAGGAGUUUACAGUAAAGUAUACAUAUCAACCUUAUAUAUUUAAUUAA